GGAGUCUUUGUGACAAACUGGCAGCGGAUAAAGAAUUUCUAAGUGUGGUUCUGGACGAACUGGAUCUGUGUUUGAGUUACGAGGUUUCCAUUUUACCACGAAGAGGAGAUAUGUUGAAUGAUCCCACGAAAGUCCAAGUCCGGAACUGGCAAGAUGGGGCUUCUAUCGCAGCUAUUUAUCAACAGUUUCCUGCAGCUCUUGAGAGCUGCGAGUACUGUGCAAACGAUGAUCUUGAUGAUGUCUGCGCAUUUCCGUUUUUGUACAAUGGGCGAAAUUGGUCAAAAUGCCUUCAGCGAGCAGACCCUCUACCAAGCACCCUCUGGUGCUACAAUGCAGAUAGCCAGGAGAUCAGCUGCAACAUAGAGUCCCUUUUCUGCUUGGCUCGUAUUCCUGAGUUUUCGGGAGACAUGAGCUUCGAAACUCUCUCAGCAGGAAGUAUUCGGGUGGCUUGGAACACGGACUCAGACUACUAUUCCGCAUUCAGGCUAUUUGUGAACAAACAAUUAGUCGGAACGACUGUUGAAAAGGAUUUUGUGCUGAAUAAUCUGGUCACUGGGACGACGUACCAAUUUGAAGUUCAAAUCGAGAGUUACGGAAGAUUGGGAAACAAGGAAUUUGUCAUCUUCCAAGCAUCCGAUCAAGAUAGCAACGCGUUUGCCUACCGACCGACAACUUCUUCAUUUAAACUGUCAUGGGAUGCCCUAAACGACCUCAAAAAACGCAAACGACAUCGGCGAUCGGAAGAUUCGGUUGUUCAAAUUAACAUACAAGCCCAAAUUAUGAGAUCGAAUCUAACAGACGCUCUCUUUUCUGCAGAACAGUUGCAAGGUUUGUCCGUGAACAAAACAAUCUCGGUUGCAUCUGGGACCUUUUUGCAGGGCCUGCAGUCGGGCUCAUCGUACAAUGUUGCAAUCACUGGCCUCAAUGAUCAAGGCCUUCCAAUUGAGAACAAAGCACUCAAUACUUCAGCUGUGACAGAGCCGAAUCAAAUCACGGAAAAGUCUGCCAACUUGAGUGUCGUUGUGGACUCGGAACAUGGACUAUCGGUUUCAUUCAAAAUAAAUCAAAAUACAACUGCCAAAGUUUUCAAUGUAUUUGUCUCAGAAAAAACCCGCAAACUAACAAUAUUCGAAGGUAAGAAUUCAAAAGCCCGAUCAGUUGAUAAAAGUCAUGAAAAACCGUCAAACUAUUGA